AUGCGUGAUUAUGGGUGUGUCUUUGUUAUUGAUCACUGUGGCCUCCACCACUCAGAAUUAACUUUGAGACAAAUACAUAUGUUUACUGCUAAAACAGUUUCCAAACAUUACACUUUAUUAAUUAGUUUUGCAGUAUAUAAAGGUCAGUUCAUUGCUUCUACAUAUCUUAGUUCAGUAAAAUUUGAUAUUUUGAAUCCUACAGAAAAAAAUUUUCAUUAUUUUUGGCACCGUUUGAGUGAAUCUGUGUCUGAAAAAGAAUUUCCCUUCCACUGUGACACAGUAAGUGGCUGGUUAGCAAGUGGGCAUAAGACAACAGCAUCCUUCAGCUUUUUAUCAGAGGAAGUUGGUAUCUUUGAGUCAUUCUGGUAUUUCUGUGUGCCUGAGCUAGAAACUGAAAUACCAUUUCUGUUGGUGGGAACAGUUACGGAACCAUGUGUUCAUUUUGCAAACACAAACUUACAAUUUGACUCAACAUUCACAAGUGUAAAGACUUCAGUCACUACUCACCUUGUCAACUGUGAAACAGUUCCUAUCAUGUUUAAGUUUGACAGUUACUCAUUGUAUUGUGACCAGAACCUGGAGCAUGUAAUUGUGAAACCAAUGUGUGGCCAAAUUCUGCCUGACAGUGAUUUACUCAUCAGCAUAGAAUACAUUCCAACAAUAGCUGGGACAAUGAACUUCAGAUUAGUUUGCACUGUGUCCUUUUUGAAAAAUCCCCUGUAUCUCACUGUAUCUGGCACAGUUUAUAAUAUAUAUCCAAUAAUAACAUGCAGAAGUUCAUCCCAGACAUCUACAGUACUUAGCAUGAAUGAUGUUAAUGUAAUAGACAUUGAGGAAGUAAGUAUAACUUAUGUAAAGUAAACAAAUGUUUUUUAUAUACUUCUGUUAUUACUUUAUGAAUACUGGGAGAGUUCUGUAGAUCAACUACAGAUUUGAUUACUUCAUGAGCUUACAUACAUCUGUGGUAUCUUCAUCACACUUUGGAGCAACCAAGAUGGCAGUGUGGAGGACUUUGGCAAGUGACACUCUCAAAGUUAACAGAAGCUGAACUCACAGAUCCAAGGAAAACAUAAUUCAGGUGUCAAUGUAAUUACACCAGACAGAUAGUACAAAUUAUAAAGAAAUUUUAAAAGGAUCUGAGAUGUAGUUAUGUGGUUAUGCAUACACCAGACUUAAAAAUAUUCUAUGCCAAAACAUAUCUCAGAUAAUAACUACAUAUUACAUUUAAUAAUGUGUUUCCCACAACAAGGACAAGAGGUUUCUGGUAUAGCAUUAUGGAAUAAGUAGUUCCUUAUGUUUAACAAUACUGAACAAAGAGUUAAAAAUAUUUUAUAUUCAGUACUUAUAUCUGCAAAUCAUUUCCAGCCAUUGUUGUAAA